UCCGGAGUCCCGCACCUUGGCUGGAGCGAGCGGUCGCGCCUGCGGGCUGUCCUCACACACCCCUUCCGGCGCCGCCAGCUCCGCUUCUAGGGUCUCAGAUAUGGACUUCCUCCAGUUCCUGGCCUCCUCCUUUGUCCUGUUACUGUCUGGAACAGAGGUCACAGAUACCCUAAGGACAUCCCUGGAUCCAAGCCUCAAGAUUUACAAGAAGAUGUUUGAGGUGAAGAGGCGGGAGCAGCUGUCGGCUCUGAAGAACCUGGCUCAGCUGAACGAUGUCCACCAGCAGUAUAGGAUCCUUGACAUCAUGCUCAAAGGACUCUUUAAGGUGCUGGAGGACUCCCGGACAGUGCUCAUUGCUGCCAACGUGCUCCCAGAUGGCCCCUUCCCCCAGGACGAGAAGCUGAAGGAGGCUUUUUCCCAUGUGGUGGAGAACACAGCCUUCUUCGGCGAUGUGGUGCUGCGUUUCCCAAAGAUUGUGCACUACUACUUUGACCAUAAUUCCAACUGGAACCUCCUCAUCCGCUGGGGCAUCAGCUUCUGCAACCAAACGGGCGUCUUUGACCAGGGGCCUCACUCGCCCAUCCUUAAACUGAUGGCCCAGGAGCUGGCGAUCAGCAAGAAAGAUUCUGACUUCCAGAACCCAUUUAAAAUAGACCCAGCCAAGUUCAUUCCUAGCACCGACCCUUUCCUGAAGGCCUUGAGGGAAGAAGAAAAACGUCGGAAGAAAGAGGAGAAGCGGAAAGAGAUCCGAAAAGGCCCAAGAAUCUCGAGAUCCCGGUCUGAAUUAUAACCCCGGAGCAGCUCAGAGCUUCAGGGACCAGCAGGAAGCCAGUCAGGAGGAGGAAGGCACCCAUGGCUACUGUGUAGUGGCAGCAGCCACGACACUUCCAGAGCACGUCUAGAUGGGGCUUGUGUGUACCAGGUCCUCAGGAGCUGGAUCUGAGCCUUAGGGGCUUUUGGGUACACCAGUGGGUCUUGAGAGUACACUGCCAUGGACAGGAUCCUGUGGAGGUGUGGGGGCUCCUGGCUGGGGCCUUCCUGGAAGGUGAGGGCUCAUGGUCAGUAGGUUGCUGCCCUUCGUAGGGAAGCAGCAGAGACAGAUGAAGGUGCCGUGCUUGCAGCUGGUCCCACUGCGUUCCUUAUCAUAGGUCCCACCCUCUGUAGAGCACCAGUAAAAGCCACCAAGCCCAUGGGCCUCACUGAGGCUGCAGAGGGGACCAGGGACCCUUAGAGACCAUCUUGGAGGGUGUUUCUGUGUCGUCAGGAGCCUGCUGGUCCCUGCAGCACUGCCCUCGACAAGGAGUCAGUGUGGAGAAGGAACUCAGAGGUGUCCUGCGAGGGGGGUCAUUUCAAGAAGUCUGUAGAGUAACAUGACUUCUCUCCUCAGAUACUUGGAGAUAGUCAUUGAGUGGGUGCACAGAACAAUCCACUUGUCCUCUAGCAACUGCUAGAAGCCUUUCCACCUGUGGAUAGGGAUUGUACGGACAGGUUGCAGGAAGCUGUGCUUUGUAAUGGGAUGCUCAGACAGUGAGUUCCUGAUCACAGGACCCAAGUCGGCUCUGGGCCACAGCGCCGGGAGCUACACAGAGAGUUAGGCCCUGAGUGGGCGGCCUCAUUUCUGUGGAAACCAACAUGCAUGGCUGCCUUUUGGUCCUGCUUCUCCCAAGCAAAGGAGGGAGAGGCUGUGCAGAAUUCUAGCUCUGCCCUUGACCUUGCCAAGCCAAGGUCUCCACACCAACCCCCAGUCACUUACACACAUACCCCCCGCCCAUUAUGGACAGUUCCCAAGCAAUACCUGGGUGUUAGCCCAUCAGCCUUGCUGACUGACUCUGGCCACUCUCCCUUCCCUGUACUGUGUUUUCAUUGGCAAAUGAAUAGCAUGUUUGAGUCCUGUCAAACUA